AUGAAUCCCUCGCCAGCUCGCACCCUCCUUUCCAGGCGGGUGUGCCGCUGCACAUCCUCGAAAUUACCGGUCUCGAGUCCUCAUCUCACUCGACUCCUCUCGAGCAGCACCCAACACAAUGAACCCACAAGCCCACAAUCCUCUUUCACCUCCCCGAUCCCGACUUAUGGCUCGUCGGAGAUGCUCCGUCGAAAAUACCAAAAGACAAAGCAGGAGACGGGGGACGUCAGAAAGGACAAAGCCGAGCAAGCCAGAACGGUGAAACGCAUGCGCUGGGCCGGCUACGGGAUUGCAGCUUGUACCUUGGCCAUUUUUGCGACAGUCUCGCUAUACCCCGAUCCCAGAAAAGAGAGCCAGGCUGUAGUAUCAAAGACGGAAGAGAAACUCCCCUCAAACGUUGUCCGGCUGGACGCACCGGCACCGCCUUCUAUAACCGGCUCCAUCGUCGACCCGUCUUCCAAGCCUCAAGACGUCGAACAGAUACCCACUGGCACAAGCUCCAUCCCUUUCUUCCCUCGAAUCAUUCAUAUCGCAUCCGAUGCGCCUCCGUCCACACCAGCAUCUGCUAACGAGGGCAGCCAAUCCGACGUGGAAUACCAACUGGUCGGGUUGGGGAUCCGCACGGUAUCCAUCCUCAGCAUUCAGGUCUACGUCGUCGGCCUCUACGUCGCUGUAGCAGAUAUUGCGGCCUUGCAACAACGGCUCGUGCAGGCGGCCGUGCCUCCGAGCGAGAGCGUCGCGACGACCCUCGUGCCCAGCGAGAAAUCCCAGCUGAAGGAGCUCCUGCUCGACCCAGACCGCGGGGAGCAAAUCUGGAACGACAUCGUCAAGGACGGUCAGCUGCGCACAGCCUUCAGGAUCGUCCCGACGAGAAACACCGACUUUAUGCAUCUGCGUGACGGCUUUGUGCGGGGCAUCACGGCGCGCUCGGCGCAUUUCGCAUCCGACAGGCACGAUGACUCAUUCCAAGACGAGUCCUUUGGUGUCGCGCUCAACGAGUUCAAGUCGGCGUUUGGAGGCAGCGCGCGGAGGAAAUUGCCCAAGGGCGACAUUCUGUUGCUUGUCAGAGACGCGCAGGGCAAGAUGACCGUGUGGAACGAGGACAGCAAGAGGGGGGAUCGCCUGCAGAUGGGCGUCGUGACUGACGAGAGAGUUGGAAGGUUGUUGUGGCUGAAUUACCUCGCUGGCAAGAACGUCAGCAGCGAGGACGCGCGGCGCAACGUCGUCGAGGGCUGUAUGGAGUUCGUGGAGCGGCCGGUGGGCACGGUUGCGACGCAGGUUGUAUGA